AGCUAGUACUCAUCAACUUCGAUCACAAUCAAGCAUCAAUUCCUCAUUAGCAUCGCUGGUUGAUACUAAACUAACAGUAGCCAUAAUCAUGGGAAGGCCAGUGGCAACGCUGCUGGUGCUGUGCUUCAUCUCUGUCACGGCGCGCGCCGCCGCGUUCCGCGUGCACGGCCGCCUCCUCGCCGACGCCGCGACGGAGGGAGGCGCCGUCGUGCCCAUCCACUGGACCCAGGCAAUGAACUACGUCGCGAACUUCACCAUCGGCACGCCGCCGCAGCCGGCGUCGGCGGUCAUCGACCUCGCCGGGGAGCUCGUCUGGACGCAGUGCAAGCAGUGCAGCCGCUGCUUCGAGCAGGACACGCCCCUGUUCGACCCGACCGCGUCGAACACCUACCGGGCGGAGCCGUGCGGCACCCCGCUCUGCGAGUCCAUCCCGAGCGACAGCCGCAACUGCUCCGGCAACGUGUGCGCGUACCAGGCGUCCACCAAUGCCGGGGACACCGGCGGCAAGGUCGGCACCGACACCUUCGCCGUCGGGACGGCCAAGGCGAGCCUCGCGUUCGGGUGCGUCGUGGCGAGCGACAUCGACACCAUGGGCGGGCCUUCCGGGAUCGUCGGGCUAGGGAGGACGCCGUGGUCGCUCGUCACCCAGACGGGCGUCGCCGCGUUCUCCUACUGCCUGGCGCCGCACGACGCCGGGAGGAACAGCGCGCUGUUCCUCGGCUCCUCCGCGAAGCUCGCCGGCGGCGGCAAGGCCGCCUCGACGCCGUUCGUCAACAUCUCCGGCAACGGCAAUGACCUGAGCAACUACUACAAGGUCCAACUCGAAGGGCUGAAAGCCGGCGACGCGAUGAUCCCGCUGCCGCCGAGCGGCAGCACCGUCCUGCUCGACACCUUCUCGCCGAUCAGCUUCCUCGUCGACGGCGCCUACCAGGCCGUCAAGAAGGCGGUGACGGCCGCCGUCGGCGCACCGCCGAUGGCGACGCCGGUGGAGCCGUUCGACCUCUGCUUCCCGAAAUCGGGGGCGAGCGGCGCGGCGCCGGACCUCGUGUUCACGUUCCGGGGCGGCGCCGCCAUGACGGUGCCGGCGACGAACUACCUGCUCGACUACAAGAACGGCACGGUGUGCCUCGCCAUGCUGAGCUCGGCGCGGCUGAACUCGACGACGGAGCUGAGCUUGCUGGGAAGCUUGCAGCAGGAGAACAUCCAUUUCCUCUUCGACCUCGACAAGGAGACGCUCUCCUUCGAGCCUGCAGACUGCACUAAACUCUCCUAGCUAAUCAAUGGCUGCUGUGCUGCUACUUAAUUACUUUCAGGAAGCAGGAGAGUGCAGGCUAUAUGUAUGUGUACUUCUGAAUAACGCAGCCAUAUAUGCGGCAUGAGCUGCACGCUGCUCAUGUUGGUGAAAAUAAUACCCCCAUUCUUAUUAUUCUGUGGCGAUAUAUUCUGGACUACUUCGAUUUCAA